UCUCAACAAAGCAUAGCAUUCAGUUUUCGACUUGGCCAUGCUACUGUGACCAAAAUCGUAGAGGAGUCUUCCGAAGCUUUGUGGUCUGCGUUGCAACCGUUUAUCAAGCCUCCAACGACAACAAGCGAAUGGAAAAAAAUCGCAACAGAUUUUUGGCAGUUGUGGAACUUCCCAAUGUGUUGCGGUGCCAUUGAUGGCAAACAUGUAGUCAUGCAAUGUCCCCCUCGGGCUGGUUCGUCAUUUUUUAACUAUAAAGGAACACAUAGCAUUGUUCUGUUGGCAGUUUGUGAUGCUAGGUACUUGUUUACUCUAGUGGAAAUUGGCAGCUCAGGCAGAAAUAGUGAUGGAGGUGUUUUUGGUGAGUCUAAAUUUGGAAGAGCCAUUGAAGAUGGCAGUUUAAAGUUACCAUUUGCAGAUCCCCUUCCAAAUAAACCAACAGAAGUUUGCCCAUAUUUAUUCACUGCUGAUGAUGCAUUCCCCCUUAAACCAUGGAUGAUGAAACCCUACCCAGGAAAAUUUCUUGAUAAAAAGCUCAAAAUAUUCAAUUACCGUCUGUCACGAGCAAGGAGAGUUGUUGAGAAUGCAUUUGGAAUCACUGCAGCUAGGUGGAGAGUGCUAAGAAGACCUAUAAUGGCUUCAGCUAAAAAGGUGGCAAGUAUAACUAAAGCAGUCUGUGCACUUCACAAUUACCUGAUGUUAGAAGAAUUCGGUAUUCCUAAUUCAUCAAAAAGGUAUUGCCCAGCUGGAUUUGUUGACACAGAAGACAGGUAUGGACAGAACCUGCCAGGAGGAUGGCGAUCUUUGACAGAAGGAGACACGGGUCUGCAACAAAUUUCACGACAAGGAAGCAAUAACUAUUCACGAAAUGCCAAAUCUGUGCAAAAUUUACUGACAAAUUAUUUCUGCUCACCAGAAGGGGAAGUACCUUGGCAAUAUGCGUAUGUGCAAAAUAAUGGUAGACAAGAAAAAUAAACCUGUUUCUGUAAAACAA